UUAACGACGUGCAACUUAAUAUCUAUUUCUACAGGAUGUUUUAUCUGGUAUUCAUCGGCGACAAGUGUCCAACUCCAGGCCAUUUUUAACAUGGGUGGGAUAAAAGGUAACGUCAUGUUCUACCAGUCGCAACAAGGUAGUCCCACAAGUAUCUCACUUAACUUAACAGGUAUCGAGAAUGAAACCCUGACUUGGGAUAUUCGACAACUUCCAAUGAUCUACGAUGGUAAUGCAGCUAUGAGUUGCAGUCCAAGCACAGUUGGAGAUCUGUUUGACCCUGCGAUGGCCAUGAAAUCUGCAGACUACAAUAGCUCGUGCAGUCAAUCAAGUUCUUCAAGAUUUCAAGUAUGUGCCACUGGUGACUUGACAGGAAUGCUGGGAGCUAUAAAUGCCAGCAACGCACAGAAAAAUUUUACAGACCAGAAUUUGACUGUUCCUAUCAGAGGGGCUAACAGCAUCAUGGGUAGAACACUUGUUCUUUACAAGGAUGGCACACCGAGGGCUUGCUCACUGAUUAGUCCGGAUAAAGUUAUGCUUACAGCAGUAGCUGUCUUCACGAUGCCGGUCGCUGGUUUUGUGUAUCUGAGGCAAGCUGAUGAGAGCGCAGAUACAACUAUAUUCGUUAACCUUUUUCAUUCCAACGAUGCUCAAUCUGGUAGACAGGUCACAUGGCAGAUAAACCAAGCAUCAGCUUCUUGCGGAAUGCCCGGUGACGUUUUCAAUCCUGAAAACAGAGACAAGCAAAAUUGUAGCCAGUUAGAACACGAAAAAUGUAUGAUUGGUGAUUUGACUUCCAAGCAUGGAAACAUCACUGUCUCCAUGGCAACAAGAGGACAGUCCAAAACCAAAGUGGCCUUUACAGACACCAACCUUCCACUUACUGGUGUCAAAAGCGUUAUUGGCAAGACAAUUACAUUGUUCUCAAGUGACGAUUCAAUGACCCCUUUUGCUUGCGCAAAGAUAAUGCAAGUAAAACCGAGAGUUCUCAUAUCUACUUUCAAAGCCAGUGUUCAUGAUGGUGUAGACGGCUAUUUCAAGUUUACACAACUCUCUCCCUUUGAUCCCACGAUGACGGAAAUAAGGCUCACUGGAUUAAGAAAGGAGUCUCAGGGAUAUCACAUUCACAACUAUCCCAUGCCAUGGCAAAUGAAGUACACCGGAAUGGAAUCCUGUGCAGGGAGUCACUUAGGAGGACACUGGAACCCCUUUGGCGUCGAUGUCAAGUCCAGUCCUUCGCCUGGAACUGGUAUGUAGCUAAGUACAAUGUUAGCGUCAAUUUUACAAUUUCCUCCUCAUACAAUUCUAAGAGCUGAAACAUCACACACGCAUGAUAAACAGUUCAUAUAUUUUUCCUUACGUUUUCAUGGACCACAAGCCCAUUCAAUUUAUUUAACGAUCACUUCAUCUUCCAUAUUUUUGAUGAUUUUUGAAAAGUUAUCUAGUACGUUACACCAAACAUCCAUUACAGGGUUAUCCAGCCGGUCGCCGGUACCCAUUUAUACCCCUGGGUUCACCACCAAAGUGGAGCAAAGUACUUGUCCAAGAAAGCUACUCUGCAGCCUGACUUUAGCCCGGAUCUUCGAAUUUCUCACGAGGUUGUUUUUAACGUUGACACUCCUUUUCUAAUAGGAACAAAUGAUCAGUACGAAAUCGGUGACCUAAGUGGGAAAUAUGGAACUUUUCUUAACCUAACAAGCUACACCGGAACACAUUUGGACUACAAUCUUCCAUUGUUUGGUAAAAACAGCAUCCAGGGUCGUUCUGUUGUCAUCCAUAAAAUGAAAGUAAUGAACAGCAUGAGAUGGGUCUGUGCAGAUGUCCAUCAGAAAAUGGCUGAAGUGGACAAAAUGUUUGUCAUGAAAACCAAAAUAACUUUUACGGGUCCAGAUGUUAUGGGGUACAUACUUUUGGUAAGUAAGUUUUAUUGCCAUUAUUCUGUCUAAAAACGCGAUCGAGGAAAAAAACAAAAACAAAAACAAACGAACAAAAAAACUUUCGCAGAAAAAAAAAAAACAGCAGAACUAGUUGAUAAUUCUAACUGUCAAAAUUGCUAUUUAUGACACUCUUAAUUUACUUUAUUAUUAUUAUUAUUAUUAUUAUUAUUAUUAUUAUUGUAUUCUUCUAUAUAUAUAGCGAUACAUUCUUAUCAUACAUUUUAUAGAUAUAAUUUCAUCACUAUAUUUAUAAUCUUAAGCAUUUUAUUUCGAUCUGUAUCUGUUUUUGUUGCGUCAUCAAUUAGCUUGUAAACUAAAUAUCUUGACAAGUAAAUAGAGUUUAUUAUUAUUAUUAUUUUGGUAGACCGAUCAUGCUCAAUUGAAACAGUUGUGCGCGAUAUUUCUCUGCGCUUGAAAACAUGGCGUAGCAUUUUUAUGUCCAGCAUAUUUAAAAGAUUUGUUUUGUUUUUACUUCUUAAGGGAGCUGUGUCACGAAAUUCAGCCAAAUUAGGAAAUUACAAAAUGCCCGUUAAAUUAAGAGAAACAUAAAAAUAACCACUUUUAACUUUAAAGGAAGGUUAAAAUAACAUAAUAGAAGCAACAGAUGGCACGGAUGGGCAAAACUGAAGAAGACUGAAACGGAUUGAAAUUAGGGUUUUGGAAAACUGUUCAGCCUAACAGUGUUCCAAAGUUGAUCUCUGCUGCUUGCAACUUCAAAAAUAAUGCUCAGGAGACUUAUUUGUUGGUCUCGGAUCUAUGAUUUUGUCAUUUACAUGUAAUUUCUUUGCUUCUUUUAAGUUCCAUAGCGAUUGAGGGCUAGUAAUUGGCAAAAUGAAACAAAAUGAACUGGACUGCUGUGACACAGCUCCCCCUGUAAGGUAGUCAAGCGGACAAUGAACCAUGUCCAAUUCACUGAUUUAGUUCAUAUACCGUGGGACAUAUGUGCAUAUGUAAAUAUCGAGAUAAGAUUUUCCAGAGCAUUUAUGCAUUUCCAGUCAUGCGAAAAAAAGAGAAGACAAAACAUAAAAGACAAGCAUGCCAAAAUCUUUCACUUACACAUCAACCUCAUCUAAUUUGUUAUUCAUAAAUACACUUAUGCAUAGUCUUGACAACUGUAUCAACUCCACUUUAUAGAUACAGUACAAGACGUCCGAUAGCUCUAUGUCGCCCGAGGAGACAUCGAUUUAUGUUCAUCUGUCGUAUGGGAACGAGGCAGGCAAACAGGUAAAAUAAUAGUUAGCACAACUACUUCUUUGUUUUAUCUGAAACUAGCUGCAUGGUUAGCAUAACUUAGCUUGAGCACACACCAACCGGUUGCAAAUAAGACAAGGAAAAAGAACGCGAGAGUGAAUAAGUUAGCCCGAUGGGAAAAUUGAAAGUGGGUGGGGGUCGUUGGGAGGCCCCUCCCCUUUACCUUCGAUGCUUCGUUUUAGCGCCAUACGCCCCCGAUCGAUAGGCAGCUCGGUACACAGGGUAUGUAGUCUCUGAAAAUAUCAAACGUUUUUUUACGCCAUUUUCUUGUUCAGUUACUGUGGGCUUGUGGUACAGCGAAAGUCACGCUGACGUCACCUGUUGAUGUUAAUACGUCAAUCACAAGCGGGUUGGGUUCUUGCAACAAAAGAUUCUUUUUUUUUACUCCUUACAAAUUUGAAUAACCAAAAACGAUCUCAGUAAACAGUGAUGUAUCCUAUAGCUUGACUUAUGUUUUUUUUUUCAACAGAGUAUGAAUCACUCGUGGCACGUGCACGUGAAUCCCGAAGGAGGGGACACGCACUCUGCGAUGGGCGAGAGAUGCAAGAGUCUGGGAGGACAUUAUAAUCCUUAUAAUGUUGACCUGGCUGUAAGUAUUGUCGCUAAUAUAAUAAACCUUAAGCUCUUAAUGGUAACUUACGAUCACGAUUCGUUUUAUCACUCCUUGAGAAGACAUGUUUUUUGCCAGGACGUGGCGACUAUGAAGUUUCUGAAAUGAAAUGAUACUUGUUACAGUUUAAGUUACAAGGAUUAACUUUAAUUUCUAAAUGACCUUAGGCAGUCCAGGAAUGGCAAUAGAAAUAUACUCUGCUGUUCUCGUGCUCUAGUUUGCUAAUUUGGCGUGGGAAAAUAUACUUAACUGAUAAUAACCAAAAGAGAAAUUUAAGAUGGUUAAACGGUUACUUAGGCCAUGCAAAAAAAUUGUCAGUUGUGAGUUAACCACAUUCGUAAAUCAUUUUGUCAUUUAAAUUUUGGGCUAUUUAUCAGUUGUCAUCAAUUAAAAUUCAAGCCAUUUGUCAAUUGUGAGACUCGCACUAUGAUGUUAGAGAGCUGUUCUGACUUACGAUGUCCAGAAUCAUCGUUGGUUUGUUUGAUACACCUCGUAAUGGCAUAGCCUGACAUAUACUUCAAAAAGCACCAAAUAAAAAAGCUAGUUCUUUCCGCUAGCAAAAGUUAAAUGCUAUUCGGAAGGUGAGUACGAAGAAUAUCAUUGGCAGUGAAGCUUGAUAAACGUUAAAAAAAAAUGGACUACAGGAUGUCGUGUUUCAGUUACUAGGUUGUAGUGCUCCUACGCUCUAAGGAUUUUUUGUUGUAUUCAUUACACUGCACGAAAAAUUGGAUUUACUUACAUUUACUCAUGAGCACAAACAUCAUAAACGCCGUAUUUACUCACACAUUUACAAGCCCUACGUAAAAGUGAAGUAAAUACGGCAUUUACCAUGUUUGCCACACAUUUGCACUGUGUUUGCAUCAUAUUUGCUGAUGAGUAAAUGUGAGUAAAUCCAAUUUUUCGUGCAGUGUUACUUACAGAUCUAUACCGUACGUUUGUGUUUACAGGGAUCGUAUAAGUCAUCCUGUUUUUCUAGCAAUAUGUUGCGUUGUGAAGUUGGUGAUCUUUCUGGCAAGCAUGCGCGGUUGAAUGUUGGUUCAGGGAAUCAGUUUUAUACGGAUCCAAGCCUUCCAUUAUUUGGAGAAAUGUCAGGUAAAGGAAAAACCUAAACCCCUACUUACAUCUCAAUAGUUUCUCGGGGAGUUUUAUUGUGCAUCACCAAAAUAGAAAGGAAACAGCCCCAGACUGUCAAAGAAAAGAAAAAUGGUUUUACUUAAUGAUCAGUCAGUAGUCAUGACCACUUACAGCAGCUAAUGAAGUUUGUGAAAUUGUUUUUGACCACUCAGGAAUGGAUUUGCUAGCCUUUUUUCAAUACACAAUUUCGAACAGUGAUUCACUGAUGUGUGCAAUAUUAACUUUUUUCCAGUUGUUGGUCGUGGGGUUGUCGUGCACGCCGAAAACGCUGGAGCAGCCCGCCUUGCUUGUGCUUCCAUCAAACCAGUAGAUUCUCUGUAUGUUGAGAAGACACUACACUACGUACAAGGGACGACAUUUUCCAGGUAGGUUUUGCCCAGUUGAAUUUGCAUGAGAUAGAUGCAAAAAGGGCAACAACAAUUCCCAGCUUUUUCGGCUAACAUAGGGGCGGGGGUGGAGCGGGGGGUGCUUUAACACAGAGAUUGUUAUGUUGCUAUGGUAACAUGUUUUAAAUGUCAAGGAAAUGAUCUCCAUUUGCCCCCAAUAGUUGCCAUUUGUUUCAAACCACUUUUAAAAGGUGUCAGCAAAUGGUAAAAAUACAGACGCGCUUGUCAUCAAAGAGUAAGGUUUAAGGAAAAACACUGAAGGCUGCCACCUUAAGUGGGUGGCCGAGAUAACUUGUCAUAAAAUCAUUUAAAAUUGGCGCCAAAAUUUCUGUUUUUCUCUCUCCUUUAAACCGUUUUGAAACUCAUAGUCAAGUACGCCAGAUUAAAAAUUUCCACUUAUAGUUAAAUAGAGAAUCUGAUGCUAAAGGGAUUACGAAUUCCUCUGUCGUAAACUAUCACUACCGUACUCAUUAAAAAAAAAUGUUCGAUAUAUAUUGCGAUUUUGAAGACGGCGAUAGCAUCAGAACGAAACCCGGGGGUGGAGGUAGGCGGGUUACCCCACCUUGAACGUUUACAAGGGACGCGCCAAAGCCAGGGGAAAGCGCCCUGGGGACGAGGUAGGAUAUACACACUCCUCGCUCGAUCAUAAUAUCCAAGACAAAGCUGAAUUUAAAAUGUCCUUUCGUUCUCUUGUAGAUUGAACUUUACAAAAAGGGUUUCAGCGUUGCUUAACAUCCCAGAGUGGCGGAUAUUUUACAUUAGAAUGGAGAACAGUCAAGUUCAAGGCUGUAUGACUGUCAAGUUUGGAAUCAUGGGAAAUGGUUAGUGAUAAAGUGUAAACCUUUGUUAGUCUCUCGAUCGACCCAUUUAAUAAAAUUGUUAUAGUCAAUCAGUCACUAUAAAGGGGGAAAACUCAUCCAGUUCAUUAGAUUUCAAAGUUAUGAAAGCUUCAAUCUUUAAUUUUGUGCAAAGAAAUUAAAUAAUGUCAGCCCUCCUUGGUGAACUGCAUUGCCAAUUCUUCAUGAAAGUGAGAUUCAGAAACAAAGCUGCUCAAGACAUAUCUGUUACAAUUUAAAAUCUCGAAAGUUCGUCCGGUGGUCGCUGACUUUUCACUCUAUUUUUUAUUCAGAGUUGCUACGAUUAUAGCUUUAUGAGAAAUGAAGAGUUAUUCACGCUAAUGAGGCAGAAAUUUUGAACAAGGAUUCGCCUCUGGAUGUGAUUAUUUAUAAUUAGAGAGGUUUUAAUGAUUUAUAUUUUUUCUUUAACCACUGACAGAAAAGCAAGUCGAUGAACCAUCCAAAGCCUUCGAUCUAAUUUUACAAAGAUCCUCAGGAAAACUAAUGGAGUUUCAACCUAAAGAUAAAUGUCGCAAACCAGGUAAGAAACAAGAGACAUGUUUUCCUGUAAGGUUACAGUGUGCCGAAAUUGCGAAACAAUAUAUGGAAUUUCCCAAUAUUCCGAACUACAUCAUGCACGGAUCAUGUGCAAAUCUGAGGAUCGUUCUUAAACGUUAGCGCAACAGCAUUGUUUCUGACUUGCUCCUGAGGGGGGAAGUGCUUCAAUAUGUACGUGAUGGAAAUCUUUGGGGAAUGCCUGACAUGAUAUUUUAGCUCUUUCUAGCCGCUGUUGGCAGCCGUUCUUUGGGUCGUUUCCUUACGACACAAAAAAACGGCUUCGUAUUAGACUAAUCAAUACCCUGAGAGAAGAAUUCUCUCUAAAAGACUAGACAAAACUAUGAUCACCUGAGUACCGUGUAACUGACCUCCUACCCCUCCCCUAAAUCGCAAUGUUUCCCUAAGCGAGAAGUAAGUGUUAAUGUUGACUUACGGGAAGGGUAGGAGGUCAGUUACCCGGAACUCAAUUAAUCUUUGUUUUGUCUAUAUUCAGUUACCCACAAACUCAAAACAAGCAAGCGUGGCGUGGGUUUCAAAAGAAUCCCCUCACUCAUCCGGGCAGUUUUGAAGCCGGGCCGUCCUAGACGUCGUGUCAUGACGUCUCCGACUUGUGUGAUAAGCAAAGUAAAUCCUCGGAGGACGUCUAAAGUAGAGCCGACGUAUUCCAGUAUAAUUGCAAGCCCACGUGUAGGUCGAGAGCAUGAACACCUUUUUCAGUUUUAGUUUCAGUUUAUUUAUUUGCCAGAAAAAAAUAUCUUUACAUAUCUAGCCGGAUUUUUGAUAACUUUAUCUCCAAGUAGCUAUUAUAAAAAUUAAGAGUGCAACCAUUGCUUUUUUUUUCUCUUUUUCUCCUUUCCUUAAUUUUCCUUCGUUACUAUGAUUUUGGAGCUUCUCGGGCCUAGGAAACAUGCCUUUUGACGCCUUUUCACUCAAAUGACUGCAAAUUUCGUUAGGUUGGUUUUCAAAAAGUCGGCUAGAUAUACAAACAGACAUUCAAUAUAUUACAAAAAUAUUUAGUUAAAUAUUAAGGAGACGUAAAUUGUAAGAAUUCAAAGUAUUGCACGAAGGCUAAACAACAACCCUUGCAUCAAUGUCGCGAUACUGACGCCUUUUCACUUCUCUUUUUCUCUUUUUUUUUUUCAGAAACUACGACUGUUGUUUCUACCAGUGCUACAAGAGCUAAUUUCAUCAACAAGUUCAUCAUUCUUUCGAACGUUGUUUUAAGUAUAGCACUGUGCAUGCGCUAA